AUGCAUUACACCUCCACAGUCUGGCAGCCUGGAUCAAUAGCAAAGAGACCUGGAUGUACCCAGCUGAACAACGGUACGGGUACUGGUCUCUGUGAUGCAAUGCAUUACCUGCCCAUUCCAGGGCCAAUCUUCCAUGUCGAUGCUAUGCUUCGCCAGACACUCUGUGCCACAAACGCUAAUUCUAUGCCCCUCUACACAUGCGGCGGUUGCGUCUGCUCCCAGCAGAGUUUCUUGACCGGAAGAAGAACGCUCAAGGUCGUCCAGGAUGGCAGACGUGGCAUGCAACCCGCUCAUGCGAGCUGCACAGCAGCAGAGUUGGAAGUGACAGACCGUGGACCACAGGGAUUACAUGGGCGCACAAUGUCGACGUAUGCAUUCCACUUCAUCCUCGCUUUAAAAACAACAUCCUACCUUAAGCUCCACAGUGCUUCUCAUGUUCACGAAACGCGCAACACAGCCAUGGCCCAAGCACAAGAGGACUCAGCACAGAUGUAA